AUGGAUCAGGGAGUUAUUCGAGCAUUCAAAGCUUAUUACAGACGCAGUCUGGUCAAGCAUAUUAUCGCCAGUGCUGGUGUAGCUGCUACAGCUGAUGAUAUUAAUGUUACUGCUUUAGAUGCAGUUUAUUGGAUUCAAAAUGCAUGGGAUGCAGUAACUGAAACAACAAUAAGAAACACAUUUAAAGCAGCUGGUUUUCAAAUGCGUGCUGUACUCGGUGACAUGGUACAAGGAAUUUUAAUUACAAAUGAAAUUAUUUCUACAGAUGAUAAAUCAAUUGAAGAAUUAGAUCGUGUAUUAAAACACUUAACAAUUGGUGGAAAAUCAAUAACUGGUUAUGAUUAUGUGAAUAUUGAUGAUAAUGCACCAUCGUUUAACGAAUGGUAUGAUUUAACUGAUAAAUUAUUAUUAAUAAAUGGAAUUGCAAAUGAUGAUGGAGAUAAUAAUGAAGAUCAACAAAAUGAUGAUUUACCAAGUGAAGAUCCACCAUCAUUAUCUGAAUGUUUACACCUGGUUCGACGUCUUCGUCUCUUUUCGACAAUACAACAACCAGAAUUACAUUCUUUUAUUAUUCAAUUACAAUCAAAAUUAACUGAUGCACUACUCGACUCUAAUUUAUCGAAACAAAAAUCAAUUACAGAUUAUUUCAAAUGUUCAUCUAUUCAAGUUCAUAAAAGUCUUAUGAAAUAA